CCGCCAUCGCAAGGCCGUACAGACGUUCAACAGCCUAGAGCAAGCGAUCCGAGCUCUCCCGACUCCACGAGCCCGGUGCCGCAUCACGGAUCCAGACCCCAUCAACUCCCCCAAAACCCCACAUCACCCAUCAGGACCUCAGCGACACACCCAAGAAAACCAUGGCAACCACAACAGUCCUAGGCCUAACCCUCACCCUAACCCCCCCGCUCCUAACAACCCUCCGCCUCCUCCCCCUCCUCAGCGCCACCGCCUCCCUCACCCACGCCUACUGCGAAUGGCUCACCACAACCUCCUUCCUGCACCCGCCCGCCACCUCCUCGCGGCUCACGCGCUCCAUCGUAAAGCCCUCCUCCUCCAACUCCACUUCCACCCCCCAAAUACCAACCAACAACACCGCAGCCCUCGAAGCCGCAAAAGACAUCCUCAUCCCCGUCUGGUUCGUAAACUUCUUCCACACCGGGCUCUACAGCGUCAUCGGCUUCAACAGCCUCACCACCUCCUCCGCGCUGGCGAAUCUCUUCCUGUUCCCCGACGGCCUGGGGGGCGAGGGUAAAAUGUGGUACACAGCGGGUCUCGUCGCCGCGCUUGCGCACUACGCUUUCGUGCCGGGCGUGAUGGGAAGUGUGGAGCGGCUGUUCACGCUGUGUGUGAGGCGGGCGAGGGGCGGGGAGGUGGAGGAGGAGGAGACGGGGGCUGCGGCGAGGAGUGUGAGGGAGUGGGUGGGCGUGCAUAGGGUGAGGUGGGGGACGGUGGAUGCGUGGGCUUGGGGAUGCUUUUUGGUGGGUGUGGUGGGGGUUUUGACGCCAUGA